GUACAAAGGUCCUUAUUAUCAGCCCAUAUUAGUUUCUGCUCUUUCCUUCUCUGCCUUUUUUCCACAGGACCUGAGAGAAGCAGACAGACCUCCUGGACAAGGCGCCUGGAAUGGGGACCUGGAACUCUAAAUCCUCCAAGGUCAAGCAGGCCCGAGUUCUGCUCUUGGGACUGGAUUUCUCAGGGAAGUCAACCAUCCUUUACAAAUUAAAGCGCAUCAAGGACUUCACAACCAUCCCGACCAUCGGCUUCAAUGUGGAAAUGAUAGAGACGGAGAAAAAUAUUAAUCUCACGGUCUGGGACGUUGGAGGGCAGUCCCAGAUGAGGAGCCUGUGGGACCAUUACUGUGAGAAUACAGAUGUGCUGGUCUAUGUGGUGGACAGCACCGACCAGAAGCAGCUGGAGGCCUCCCGCAGGGAAUUCGAGCUCAUCCUGAAGAACGAGCACAUCAGGAAUGUGCCCGUGGUGCUGCUAGCCAACAAGCAAGACCUGCCCGGGGCUUUCACGGCGGAAGAUAUCACCAGGAAAUUCAAGAUGAAGAAAAAUUGUGGAGACCGGGACUGGUACGUCCAGCCUUGCUGUGCCAUCUCGGGAGAUGGCCUGGCUGAUGGCUUCAAGAAAGUGACCGAGUUCAUCCAGAGAUACAGGAACUCUGCAGAAGCAACUUGGGCCUUCUUCAGGCAGAAUUAAAGCUGCAAAGGGCACUCCAGGUGUGGAUCUUUACCUAAACUGCCAAACUUAGUAUUUGCAUUAGUUCUGCCCUUUUUUUUGUGAGAGGUAAUUGGAAUUAGGUGAAUUACUCAAUCACACAGCUAGCCAGUGUAUGAGGCUGGAUUUGACUCAAGUCCUCUGACUCCAGGGCUAAUACUCUGUUUACUCUGCCAACUAGCUGUCCAUACUUCUUUUUUGAAAAAUAUAUUGUUACAAGGAAUGGCUUGUUGGGGAGGAGAAUGGAAAUGGAAAUA